AUGCUUCCGCCACCCCAUCCUCCACCGCUGCCCCCUCCCGAUCUGCUUCAAGCUUCAGCCUCCAAGCACGUGUCACAGCAGAAGCCAAGCCCUCAACUCAACGUGACUGCAACCGGACCUCCAAACUCUGUGUCGCUGUCACUCUUGGUUUAUAACGGCUGGCCGUUUGCCAAUCACUGGGAAUAUUUCAUUGCGUUGGAAGUCAAGAGGGGCUGGGAUAUCAGUUUGACAGGCCGGAAGCCGGAUCGUGUCGUGCGUUUGGGUUGGAUUCAAAUGAAUCUUGUUGAGCCGCUGGACGCGGUGUUCCGUGUCGGGGAAGAUCCGGUGGUUGAGGUGGAGCCCAGGUCCGAGAUGGAAAAUAUGUUGUUCAACGUUCCUGCUCCAGAGAAGACCCUUCGCGAUGCGGUCGACGAUCAGGUGAGUCAGUUCCAUUCGCUUUGUGGUCUGAAGACUAACAGCCUGCAGAUUGACAGACGGACAAGGAUCAUGCAGCGAAACUGCCAGACAUGGAUUGUGGAAACCUCGGAGCUGUUGGUCAAGGAAGGGCUGUUGGAGCAGGAAGUUGUGGAUUAUUUGGUGGCAAACAAGCAGUACUGA